UACUAUCUAUCAUGUUGGUUUUGUAAUUUGAUAGUCAGUUUUGGCUUGUAUUUAAGUUUGAGACAAUAUUUGUUGGUUAUAUGGCUAGUACAUUGCACAAUAAUGAAGUGAUGUGCUCUUUGGCUUGGUUGAGGUUGUAGGUAUGUAGGUUGUGAGAAGCAGGUAGAAUUGUUGCUUUUUAGUGCUUAUCUAUGCAAUUUCUCACUGUGAUUCUAGAUUUUAAGAAGGGCCUUUUUGAAUCUAGGUCCUUCAAGUUCACCUUGAAAGGGAGUUUGGUAUUUUAUCAACAGAACCAUGACUAUACUAAUGAAGUAUGAACUCAUGACCCCUUGAAAUAUAUAAACAAAAUCAAUAUAGGGCUAGACUACCAGAUAAUAGAAAAGCAUCAAUUCCCAGAACCAAGGAUUCAAUUCCUAGAAAUUGACCAACCUUGAUAGUGCAGAAAUUUGGGCUUAUUCUUUUAACAGCAAGGUGAUAUGUAGUGUUUUAGCAAGCAAUAAAGGAUUGUGUGGCCUCUUUAUCUGUUAAUUGGGUCUCAUUUGUCAAUUGAUGAUUGAUAAUUGUGAAAGAAAAAUGCAAAACUAUAAUUGUGAUUUAUGAGGCAUGACCCAGUAGAACAAGAACCUCUAAUGAGGAAUUUUACCUUGAGAGACUGAGACAACCCCACUGAUACCAUUCUUAAAGAUAUGGGAAAUCAACCUCUCCACUACUUGCAUAGUUGCCUUCAGUACUCUUGUGCUCUUCCUUCUAUUUUAAAUUUAAAUAAAGUAUCUCAUUUGUUUCUUAUUCUCUUUGUGAUUUGGUGAGAAAUGAUUUUUCCAUCCUUUCAAUCAUAUUAGCACUUCCUUAUUUAAAAAAACAAAAACAUUUCUUCUUUUUUAGUUUUCCUGUCAAUCAAAUUUUCCAUAGAUGAAUACUUUCCUACAUGAUCUGUUAUUUAUUGUUUGAUUUGAUCUUAGAUCUGUGCACUUUUGUUAAGGACAUCAAAAGUUAAUUUUAGUUCAUAUGUGGUCUUUUGCAAGUCAAAUUGACUUGGGCACUCUACCUUACCAAUUAAUUAUUGGUAGGAUGUGGAUGUUGUGUUGAAAAUUUAACCUAAUUCCCAUAACCUAUGAGAUGUGAAAAUUGAGGGAAAAAAAAAGAACAACCACACAACACAAAUAUUUAUGUGGUUCGGCAAUAUGCCUUCAUUCACGAAGUUGCUGUGUUUUUCACUAUGUCAAGGCGAAAAAUACUGAGGUGCUAUAGUACAAUGAUUUAGGCACCCAUAAUUUUGAAGCAAAAAAAAUAUACCCCAAACAGUGGGUCCAAAACAAGCUAAUAAUGAUCUUGCUGGUCCAGGCAUCUGCUUCAUGGAUUGAGGCUCACAAAAAAUCUCAUUUAAAAACGUAAUGCAUCCAAGACGGAUCGGAUCACAAACUGGAUUGAACACAAAACAGGCUCCACAUAGCCCAACAAGUUGAUUAUUGAAGAUGUGAAGUUCAAGAAUUUUAUACAAAAGGGAAAUUUUACCGCAAAAUGGAAAUGGUGGUUGGUUUUGCUUCUGCUGAUGACUGUGCUGUUAAGCCUUUGACAAGUUCAGCUGCUAAGUGGGGAAAGAGGCUUUUCAUAGGAAGUAUUCUGAUUGAAGCUACUGUUGAUAAUGUGCAGUUGUAUUUCAGUCAGUUUGGCUAUGUUUUGGAUGUGUAUCUUGCCAAGGAUGAAAGAAAAAUGUGUCAUAGGGGGUCCGGUUUUGUGACAUUGUCUGAUGAAAUUUCAGCUGAGUACACUUCUCAAAAAAUACAUAGGAUACUUGGGCAGACGUGUCAGUAGAUAUUAUCAUGAUAUAUGAUAGACGGGUGCUUGGGUCCAAUAGGCACUCAUGGGGGUAGCCGAUUAUCAAAGGAAAGAGCCUCAGAAGUUUCUUGUGCAGAGUGGUUUGGUGUGCUAAUGUCUAUCACAUAUGGUCUCAAAGAAACUCAAGAAUCCAUGGAGACGUCAAAACAGAGGAAAUCAAAGUGAAGAGAGUGGGAAAGGAUGUCAAGUUUAGAAUGAUGUUCAAAGGAAAUCAUAGUGAAGAGAGUUAUCUUUUAUAUCUGGAGCGUACCACAUUCCAUCAUUCAUGGCUUCUGCUUAAAAGUUUUGCUAGUAGCUGGGUUUGUUAUUGGUUUUAUUUUUUUUAAAAGAAGAUGUUGGGUAAGAAUAACACCAAUCUGAUGCAGUAGUUUAGUCCGAAGACUCAUAUCUUUAUGUAAAACUAGGUUGGGAUGAUGUAAUACUGUUUUCAAAUGGAGAUGAUUUUUUAAUGAAUUGGUCAGGGCAGGUGCCUUUGUUGUAGAGUUGUAGUGGACUAACUGAAGUCUCAGUGUUUCUGUUUGUAGCAGUAAAAAAUUAUGAGUUAUCCAAAAAAGAUAGAAGAACGCUUAAUUCCA